AUUUGGCGGUUCGCCUUCACUAUGGCCGAAGGGAGCAGCAGUGAUACAGGGAACCGCUGUGACGAAAAUGGGCCUGAGAAUUCGUCCCCAAAAUCUGUGCUACCUGGCAUUACCAUCUCGAGGGUGAAGCUCCUCGACACUAUGGUGGACACUUUCCUCCAGAAGCUGAUCGCUGCCGGGAGCUACCAAAGGUUCACUGACUGUUACAAGCGCUUCUACCAGUUGCAGCCUGAGAUGACACAGAGGAUCUAUGACAAGUUUAUAACUCAGUUGCAGACAUCUAUUUGGGAGGAAAUCUCUGAAAUCAAACAGGAAGGGAACCUAGAAGCCGUCCUGAAUGCCUUGGAUAAAAUUGUGGAGGAAGGCAAAGACCACAAGGAGCCAGCAUGGCGCCCUAGUGGGAUCCCAGAGGAAGACCUGUGCAGCACCUUGGCACCCUACUUCCUGCAGCAACGGGACACCCUGCAGCGCCGUGUGCAGAAACAGGAGGCUGAGAACCAGCAGCUGGCAGAUGCUGUCCUGGCCGGACGCAGGCAGGUGAAGGAGCUGCACCUGCAGGUCCAGACCCAACAGCAGGCCUGGCAGGCGCUACACAGAGAGCAGAGAGAGCUGGGGGCUGUGCCGAAGGAGCCCGAGUGA